AGAUAUUUUACUAAAAUGUUUUUCUUCUUCUACCAAUAUUUCCUCCGUCAGCUUUACUCAACUGGUCAAUUUCUCUGCAACUAGCCAUUCUAAACAAUCCCCACCAACUGAAUCUUGACCCUCACUACUCACUUGCAGCUUUAUUUUCUUGUUACUAUAUUGCGAUUUACCUCAAGCCCACACAAAAUAAGCAAAAGAAAGGAAAGGAAAUGGCAUAUUCUCUGUUUUGCUUCACUGCACAAUCUCUAGUACAGGUAAUUUUUAUUGCAUCUUUACUGGGUGCAAUGAAGACUGGUUCGUGGAUCACGAAUGGGGAAAGGCAUUCUGAAGAAUACUGUGCAAUGUACGACAUAUGUGGGGUACGAAGCGAUGGAAAGGUUCUGAAUUGCCCUUAUGGUACUCCAUCUGUGAAGCCUGACGAGCUUUUCUCAGCUAAGAUUCAGAGCCUGUGUCCAACAAUAAGGGGAAAUGUUUGUUGUACAGAGGCUCAGUUUGAUACAUUGCGUGGACAAGUUCAACAAGCAAUUCCUUUCCUUGUGGGUUGUCCAGCAUGCUUGAGGAACUUCUUAAAUCUUUUCUGUGAGCUUUCGUGCUCCCCAAAUCAAAGUAUGUUCAUCAAUGUGACGUCUAUUUCCGAGGUUGGUGGUAAUUUGACUGUGGAUGGUAUUGACUAUUAUUUAUCUGAAACUUUUGGAGAAGGGUUGUAUGAUUCCUGCAAAGAGGUGAAGUUUGGGACGAUGAAUACACGGGCAAUAGAAUUUGUGGGAGCUGGUGCCAAAAAUAUUAAAGAAUGGCUUGCAUUUAUUGGUCAGAAAACACCCCCUGGAUUUCCUGGGUCACCUUACGCCAUCAAUUUUAAGUCAAGCGUUCCUGAUUUAUCUGAAAUGAAGCUUAUGGAUGUGCCUGCAUAUUCUUGUGGAGACAAUUUACUGGGCUGCUCUUGUGGUGAUUGCCCUUCAUCUCCAAUCUGCUCAAAUUCAGAGCCUCCUACUCCACACAAAGAAGAUUCCUGUUCAAUCACAGUUGGACCCCUUCAGGUCAAAUGCAUUGAUAUCUCAGUAGCAAUUGUGUAUAUUCUACUGAUUUCUGCGUUAGUGGGGUGGGCAUUAUUUCAUCAGACAAGAGAAAGGAGGAGACCUGCGUCUAGUAAAGAACCAUUGUUAAAAUUUAUGGAUGAAGGCGAAGAUGAUUCUAGUAAUAUUUUAUUAGACAGAAAGCAGGCACUUGGGGUUGCUCCUCAAAUGAGGAAUAGGUUUAAACGUCCUAUUGUACAAGAAUACAUGUCAAACUUUUACAGGCAAUAUGGUACAUGGGUUGCUAGAAAUCCCACUCUUGUUUUGUUUUCAUCCUUGGCAGUUGUUAUUGUACUCUGUGUGGGUUUAAUUCAUUUUGAAGUGGAGACCCGACCUGAGAAGUUGUGGGUAGGUCACGGGAGUAAGGCAGCAGAGGAGAAAAAGUUUUUUGACAGUCACCUUGCCCCCUUCUACAGAAUUGAACAGCUUAUACUAGCAACCUUGCAUGAUCCAAAGCGCGAAAAGAAGCCUGCUAUUGUUACAGAUGAAAAUAUACAAUUACUCUUUGAAAUACAGAAGAAGGUUGAUGCAAUACGUGCAAAUUAUUCUGGCUCAGUUGUAUCUCUAACUGACAUUUGCAUGAAGCCUUUGGGCGAAGAUUGUGCAACUCAAAGUGUUCUACAGUAUUUUAAAAUGGACCCUGAAAAUUAUGAUCCCUAUGGAGGAAUCCAACAUGUAGAAUAUUGUUUCCAGCAUUACACUUCUGCGGAGACAUGUUUGAGUGCAUUUGAGGCUCCCCUUGAUCCUAGCACUUCCUUAGGAGGAUUUUCAGGGAAUAACUACACUGAGGCUUCUGCAUUUGUUGUUACUUAUCCAGUUAAUAACGCAAUUGAUGAAGUUGGCAAUGGAAAGGCAGUGGCAUGGGAAAAAGCUUUCAUUCAGUUGGUGGAGGAGGAGCUACUACCCAUGGUGCAGUCCAGCAAUCUCACUCUUUCAUACUCAAGCGAGAGCUCGAUUGAGGAAGAGUUGAAAAGAGAAAGUACUGCAGAUAUUAUAACUGUAGUUGUGAGCUAUGUUGUGAUGUUUGCUUACAUAUCUGUGACAUUGGGUGAUGUACUUCAUUUGUCUACGUUCUAUCUCUCAUCAAAGGUAUUGCUUGGUCUUUCAGGAGUUGUGCUUGUCAUGCUUUCUGUACUUGGAUCAGUUGGAUUUUUCAGUGUCAUUGGAGUUAAAUCAACACUGAUAAUAAUGGAAGUGAUUCCUUUCCUGGUUUUGGCAGUUGGAGUCGAUAACAUGUGUAUAUUGGUGCAUGCUGUGAAACGGCAAUCACUGGAAUUGUCAUUAGAGGAGCGGAUAAGUAGUGCACUGGUUGAAGUAGGUCCAUCAAUAACACUUGCUAGUUUGUCUGAAUUUCUGGCAUUUGCUGUUGGAAGUUUCACUCCCAUGCCAGCAUGUCGUGUUUUCUCUAUGUUUGCAGCUAUGGCUGUUCUAUUGGACUUCCUUCUGCAAGUCACAGCUUUUGUUGCACUAAUUGUUUUGGAUUGUCAGAGAGCUGAGGAUAACAGGAUUGAUUGUUUCCCGUGCAUAAAGGUUCCAUCAUCUUCUGGAGGGCCAAAUGAAGGCAUCUAUCAGAGAGAACCUGGACUGCUGGCUAGAUAUAUGAAGGAGGUACAUGCACCUAUUCUUGGGCUUUGGGGAGUUAAAAUAUUUGUUGUUGCUGCCUUUGUAGCCUUUUCUUUGGCAAGCAUUUCACUAUGUACAAGGAUUGAUUCUGGUUUGGAGCAAAAGAUUGUUCUUCCCCGAGAUUCUUACCUUCAGGGUUAUUUCAAUAAUAUUUCUGAAUAUUUGAGAAUUGGACCUCCAUUGUAUUUUGUUGUGAAGGAUUACAACUAUAGCUUGGAAUCAAGACAUACAAACCAGUUAUGCUCCAUUAGUCAGUGCGACUCAAACUCUCUCUUGAAUGAGAUCUCCAGAGCUUCUUUAAUUCCAGAAUCAAGCUACAUAGCAAAGCCUGCCGCCUCCUGGCUUGAUGACUUUCUUGUGUGGAUAUCACCAGAGGCUUUUGGUUGCUGUCGAAAGUUUAUAAAUGGUACUUAUUGCCCACCGGAUGAUCAGCCACCUUGCUGCUCACCUGAUGAAGGUUAUUGUGACAUAGGUGGAGUUUGCAAAGACUGUACUACGUGUUUUCGCCAUUCCGAUUUGGUCAAUAAUCGACCAUCUACAGUGCAAUUUAGGGAGAAGCUUCCGUGGUUCCUUAAUGCUCUGCCAUCUGCUGAUUGUGCCAAGGGUGGCCAUGGCGCUUACACAAAUAGUGUGGAUUUAAAUGGUUAUGAGACUGGUGUUAUACGAGCCUCAGAGUUUCGUACAUAUCACACGCCACUUAACAGACAAGGUGACUAUGUUAAUGCACUGCGAGCUGCAAGGGAAUUCAGUUCAAGAAUUUCUGAUUCUUUGAAGAUCAAUAUCUUUCCAUAUUCUGUGUUCUACAUCUUCUUUGAGCAAUAUCUGGAUAUUUGGAGGAUUGCUUUGAUCAAUAUUGCUAUAGCACUUGGUGUUAUAUUUAUCGUUUGCCUGCUUAUCACUUCCAGUUUCUGGAGUUCAGCUAUCAUUCUGCUGGUUUUGAUGAUGAUUGUUGUGGAUCUGAUGGGUGUAAUGGCGAUCCUGGAUAUACAACUAAAUGCAGUGUCUGUUGUAAACCUCAUAAUGUCAAUAGGAAUUGCUGUCGAGUUCUGUGUGCAUAUUGCACAUGCCUUUUUGGUAAGCCAUGGGGAUAGGAACCAUAGGGCUAAGGAGGCUCUGGGUACCAUGGGAGCUUCUGUGUUCAGUGGAAUUACACUGACAAAGCUUGUUGGGGUCAUCGUCCUUUUCUUCUCAAGAUCAGAGAUUUUUGUGGUUUAUUACUUUCAGAUGUAUCUGGCACUGGUUCUUAUUGGUUUCUUGCAUGGGCUUGUAUUUCUACCAGUGAUACUAAGUUUGUUUGGUCCGCCAGCAAGACAAUCAGUAAUUGAGAAACUUGAAGAUGAUGAGCCUUCAGCUUCUUCAGAACUGAGCUGAUUGGUGAUUCAGAUCAUACAGGCGCUUUUUUACUUUUGUCAUUAUUAAAAUAGCCUUAUUUUCAGAAAUGAUGAAACAAACACCUGAUAUGGAUCUUUAAUUUCAGGUGAUUUAUUUAGAUUUUACUAUCCCCUCCCUUGUUUCCUUAACAUACAUGAUAGGUUCUACUAACUUUUCAAAUGCUUAUUGCCUCCAUUUUUUUGAAAGUAAAUGACAUAUAACAAGGAGGAUGAACCAAUCAAAAUGCAAUUCAUUAUAAGUUUAAAUAUUAAA